AUGCGAUUGCUAAUUAUUGCUGGAGUGUUUGUAUCCUUGAUUCAAGCAUCUCCGGUCCCAGAGGUCCAACACGGCGCAGCGGUUACGGUAAAGAGAGACGCCGAUAGUGGGACAGCGGCGGAUGCAAAACACGCUCUUGAGAAUGUUGGAGCGGCCGUCAAAGAGAAAAUUGGCGCUGGAGCUGAGGCUGUAGUGCGAAAAUUGGAACCGGUCAAGACGUACGUCUACACAGCUACUGGACAAUUCAUCACUGCGUUUGGAAAUAUUUCUGACAAAGCUGCUAACAAAUUAGCACCUCCUUUCCGAGUAGAGGCUAGAUUGCACAUGAAAGUAGAUAGAGCACGUCGGCAACAAGUGCAUCCAAACAGCUGGCCAAACGGCAACCUAAACCUAAACGGCAACCAGUACCGAUCCAGAGAUGAGCAGCGAGAGCAGCAAAUAGGGGAACAACAACAACGGGAACAACAACAACAACGGGAACAACAACAACGAGAACAUCACCAGAGGGAACAACAACAACGGGAACAGCAACACCUGAGAGAGCAACAGGAACGUGGGUACCAAGAGAGGCUGCGACAGCACGAGGAGGAAGCACGGCGACGGGGGUGUAGUCCGCGUCAUCCGCCCGCACCGGAGCAGCAGACUCGGCGCAGAAAUUGCGCACCGCGACGCGUCCAAGAGUUCCGACAACCUCCUACUCAACCCGCGCCACCACCGCCAACACCGCCACCACGUCGACGAAAUUGUCGUCCGCGAACCAAUCCCACUUAUCCGCCACCGGUUCAUGCUCCCCAGGUCAUUUGUAGACCAGCAGCACCGCCACCAACGCCGCCACCUCAGCCUCAAAGACGGACCGGCUGCCAACCUCGACAACCUCAGUCACCUCCCACCUACCCACCUCAGCCUCAACCGUACCCCGUCAGGAAUGGCUGUCAGCCUGUCCAACAACCACAACCACAACGAGUUGCGUGUAGACCAGCCCCUCCACCCCAACCACAACCACCUCAGCCAUACUACAAUAACGGUUGUGCCCCACAACGAACUGCCCGCGGUGAUUCUAGGAAUAACGAGUUCCGUGCCAGCCACGGUUGUAUAGCUCCCAUGCCUCCACCGUCAUCGUCCGCCAACUGUGAGGGUUCAGUGAAAAUCGUUUCAGUGAAUGCGGCUGGUGUAGUUGAGCACUACAUGUAUAAAACAGGGAAAGAUGCUGGAGAAGUGUCCGGUAAGAGUUUGUGA